UUUUCUUUCAGUGUUGGUAUUCUUCUCGCAGAUGCAGGGCGUGGGUGUGCGUACGAGCAACAAAUGUUCUUCAAAAAAGUUCACUUUUAAAAACAAAUCCACUUCCAUCUUUUAUUAUUGUUUACUCUUUUAAUGUUUAGGAAAAGUGUUAAUUUAAGUUAACCAUCAAGUGAAAGUCUUCAAAGCAAAUUAUCACCCAAAAACCCAACCCAACAAAGUUAUUCGUUUAAAUUGUGCAAGCACCUUGAAACAAAGAGUAGCUCAAAGCUUCUUCUGAUUGCUUCCAAAACAAAAAACCCAUUUAUCUUCCCCAGUUCCUCUUAACCAGUGUAGUUAGUAAAAAAUCCCAGUUAUGGUUCGUCUAACUAGAAAGGAACGUCAGGACAAAGUUGAGCUUCUGGCCAGCAUAAACAAAGUGAAUGCAAACGAUGACAACGAAGCCACAGACAACGAUGGAUACAAACACUGCGCAGAUUAUGGUUCGGAUUUCUCGGAGACGGACGAAAUAUUUCUACAAGGUUUGCUAUUUAGUAAUCCUUCGACGCCACUCAAGGACAAGUUAAAUUCUAGCGAACCACAAGAAAUUGAAAUUCUACGACCUGCCAAUCUUAACAAUAAGACUAUAAUCGACGAAAUAACUCGCAAAUAUUCCACAAAUAGAGGAAGAGACGCUAGAGAAUUAGCACAAUUAGUUUCAAAACCACAUUUUAAGGCACUAUUAAAAGCCCACGAUGAAAUAGGAGAACUUUUUGAAAGUCGAAUACACAAAGAAGAAACUCGAAAAGGUCAUUAUCUCUUCCCUCCCGAUAUAUUAAAUAGCAAAAUGCCGGUCGAAACUAUAAAAAUGGUCGGCCUUCGACGAAAUGUCAACCAACCUCUUGGUUUGACUGUCGAAAUAGAUGAACACAAACAAUUGGUGGUAGCACGUAUUUUAGCUGGAGGAGUUAUAGACAAACAAGGACUUUUACAUCCUGGCGAUGUUAUACUCGAAGUAAAUGGGGUUCCAGUUCAUACUCCUGAAGAACUUCAAAAUGAAGUUUCACGGGCCAAAGAGAAUCUCACAAUGAAAGUUGGUCCAAAUAUUGAGGAGGAAAUGAGAUCAGCUAGAAUGGCUAUGGCCGGUGGACAGGUAAAAAAGGGACAAAAUCUCGAACCAGGAAAGAAACUAACGUGCUACAUGCGAGCUUUGUUCACCUAUAUUCCAUCAGAUGAUUCACUAUUGCCAUGCAAGGAAAUUGGACUCGCCUUUAAGCAGGGAGACAUUUUACAGAUAAUAAAUGUCAAGGAUCCAAAUUGGUGGCAAGCCAAAAACAUAACAGCAAACAACGAUCAAAUUGGUUUGAUUCCAUCACAGGAUCUUGAAGAAAGACGAAAAGCUUUUGUAGCUCCGGAAGCAGAUUAUGUGCACAAAAUUGGUAUUUGCGGAACAAGAAUCUCAAAGCGAAAACGCAAGACUAUGUAUCGUUCUGUGGCGAAUUGUGAAUUCGAUAAAGCAGAUUUGAUGUUGUACGAAGAAGUAACACGAAUGCCACCGUUUCGAAGGAAAACUUUAGUUCUAAUUGGCGUCCAAGGUGUUGGUCGUCGUACAUUAAAAAAUCGUCUGGUCAACAGUGAUCUUGAUCGCUUCGGUGCCGUUAUACCUCAUACAUCCCGUCCAAAACGAGCACUCGAGGAAAAUGGUCGUACAUAUUGGUUCCUCGAUAGAGAAGAUAUGGAAGAUGAAAUUAAACAAAAUAAUUUCUUAGAAUAUGGUGAACAUAAUGGAAAUUUAUAUGGAACUCAUUUGCAGUCUAUACGGGAUGUUAUUAAACAAGGCAAAAUGUGUGUUCUAGAUUGUGCACCAAAUGCAUUGAAAAUUCUUCACAAUAGCCAGGAGUUGAUGCCAUUUGUUAUAUUUAUAGCCGCACCGGGAAUGGAGCAACUAAAACAAAUCUAUAAUGAGCGCAGGGCUACGGGUUCAAAUAAGAAUUUAACUUUUGAUCGUCAAAGUUCUAUUCGAUAUAGCUCUAGGCGAGCUCGAACACUAGAAUCAUUAGCAUCGCUCUACGAAGAUGACGAUCUUGUUGCCACAGUAGAAGAAAGUUCUUUUGUUCAACGCAAAUAUGAGAAGUAUUUCGAUAUGGUUAUUGUAAACGAAGAUUUCGAUGAGACAUUCAGACAAGUCGUAGAGACUCUUGAUCAAAUGAGUCAUGAGCAUCAAUGGGUGCCAGUUAAUUGGAUUUAUUAAAAAUGUUUAAACUUCUUCUAAAUAAAAAAAAAAACUUAAACUAAAAACAAUCAACGGCAGCGGAAUAUUUACACAAGUGUCUUAUUUUAUUUAGUUAAAAUCUACAAAACAAUCAAAGCUCUUAACAUUAAUUAUUAUUAUACACAUACACAUAACUAUAUAAUUAUUAUAUUUAAAAAAUAACUAUACAAUGGUUAUCUCAUGUUUUUUUUACAAAUUUCAUUCUUUUUUUU